UGGGCUUUCCAUCAACACGCUCGCGCGCUCACACACGCGCACCCGGGUUCUCCUCCUCCAGUGCGGCUGUAUCUGUCCAGCUGAAUUACACCCAUCGCUGCCGUACGGACUCCGCUCAUAUAUUUUAACAGGCAGAUCGGUGUUUUAUAUUCUGUCCUCUCAUCUCCAUGGCCGCAUCGGAUGGUUUAGAGGAUUGCAUUGUGCAUAGAGGAAGAUCUCAAAGUGACCCGAGCAUCCUCACCGACACUCUUGUCAUUUAUACGAACAGCACAGAUGUGAUGGAUCACCUUCAUUCUGGCUGUCUGGUGUCCGGUGUUCGCACUCCCCCCAUCCGCCGAAACAGUAAACUGGCCAGCCUGGGCCGUAUCUUCAAGCCCUGGAAGUGGAGGAAAAAGAAAAAUGAGAAACUAAGGCAGGUAUCAACAGCGCUGGAGAGGAAAGUGGCCGGCAGGCAGAAUCGUGAUGAUGGUGUCAGGAAGGGCCUGGCAGAAACUUGCACGGAGACGGGCCUGGCCUGUGGGGGGAGUACAGAUGAGCCAGGAACCCCCACGCAGGAGUACACUGAUGAAGAAGAGGAAGAGGACGUGCCAAUGGCGGCACUGGCCAGCACUGGGAAGGAUCUCGGCUCUGAUGAGGAAAAUACAUCUACAGUGCGGGACACUACAGAUGUGACAGAAACAGCAGGGGACGUCAGUCAAAGUGAUGAGGAUAAAGAUGCUUUGAGCAGAGGGGUCGGUGCUGAAGCCCAUGAGAGCCAUGAGGAGAGAAAAGAAGAGCCAGUCCACAAAGAAGUGCACACUCCUCCAGCCAAAACACAUGUGAAGAUGCUUACUAGACCGGGCAGUCUGGACUGUACUCAUUCACAUCAGACUCGGCCUGCUCCAGCUACGCUGCCCAGAAACUUCACCCUCCCCAAAGAUGCCCUGAGGGGUCGGAUGUCCACCCCCACCGGUUCCCCCCACUUGGGUGUCAUGCACCCACAUCUGCCCCCUAGCUGCAUCAUAGAGGAACUGCAUCGGGCCCUAGCCACCAAACACCGCCAGGACAGUUUACGUGUUAAGGAGAUCCGCAGUUCACCCAAAAGGCGUUCGGACGGGCGACUCUCCCGCACGGCCAGCACUGACAAUGAUCAACGUGGAGAGGUGGAGAAUAAGAAAGAGGCAGAGGAGAACAAGGAGAACAUGCGUCUGGAUGAGUAUUACAGCGACCAGGAUAGUUGGAAUGAGUCUGUCAUCUCCGCCACGCCCACUCGAAUAGCUCAACCUGUGUCACGGACGUGGGUGGUGAGGACACGGAGACAAGGACAGAGGACCCAAGUGCAGACAGCGGGGACACUUCCACGGCGAAUGAGAAAAGAGCUUCUGGCAGUGAAGCUGCGUAACAGGCCCAGUAAACAGGAACUGGAGGACAGAAACAUCUUCCCUGUUCGCAGCGAUCAGGAGCGACAGGACAUCCGCCAACAGAUCGAAAUGAAACUUGCCAAGAGACUGAGCCAGAGACCAGCAGUCGAGGAGCUGGAGAGCAGAAACAUCCUCAAACAGAGGAAUGACCAGACAGAGCAAGAAGAGAGGAGAGAAAUCAAGCAAAGGCUGAACAGAAAGCUUAACCAGCGGCCCACCGUUGAUGAGUUGCGGGACAGAAAGAUCUUGAUCCGCUUUAGUGACUAUGUGGAAGUGGCCAAAGCUCAGGACUAUGACAGGAGAGCAGAUAAACCCUGGACGAGAUUAUCCGCCGCAGAUAAAGCGGCGAUACGAAAGGAGCUGAAUGAGUUCAAAAGCAACGAGAUGGAGGUUCAUGCGUCAAGCAAGCACCUGACGAGGUUCCACCGACCAUAGCAUGGCUUCUUCUGUGAAGAAUACGCUAACGGGAUCUCUGUGAAGUCAAAGACCUCAGGAGGCUUCGACCAGCGCCCGGGUCCAUGGGUGCUCCGUGGAGGGCCUGAUAUUUGGGCGCUAGUGAACCUUGGAGGCUAUGUCUCUGGAGCUUCAGCCUAAAGAAGCCGAAACCCUCCAAACUCCACUCAGUCAAACUACUGCGUGUCUGUAGAAUAUUGAACCUUUAUUCUUUUUCAGGGGGGGGGUGGUGAAAGACUGUUUAAAAAAAGGCACUGACUUUUUUAAAUGGACUGUUUUUCAAUGGUCGCCUUUUGAUGCCAAUUGGAGGGAGGGGUCAAGCAUGUGACUCAUUCGAACCUUUUUCCUACACCAGUGUUGGUGCUGUAGUGACACCUUGAACCGUUUCUGGGUUCCUACUAAAACUUGAGUUUCAUAUCAGCUGUAUAGAUGUUAGUUUGAGGAAUAUGAAUCAUGUCUUACCUUUGCAAUGACUAUUUAUUGUCUGUACAGUACAAGCUUUGGAUUUUUACGAA